GGGACAGAUGAGUAGUUUUCUUCUCUCAACAGCUAACCAACAGGAGAUUACAGCAUUGGACAACAAGAUUCAUGAGACAAUCGAAUCCAUAAAUCAGUUAAAAAUACAACGUGAUUUCAUGCUGAGUUUCUCCAAAGAUCCCAAAGGAUACAUCCAAGACCUUCUCCGGUCCCAAAGUAGGGAUCUUAAGGUGAUGACUGAUGUAGUUGGAAACCCAGAGGAAGAACGCAGAGCUGAAUUUUAUCAUGAGCCAUGGUCUCAAGAGGCUGUGAGCAGAUAUUUCUACUGCAAGAUCCAGCAGCGCCGGCAGGAACUGGAACAAUCUCUGGGAGUGCGCAACACAUAAGUACUGCUUACAAGAUCUCAUUGGCAUCACGACCACCAAACCAGUGGACUUUUCAGUGUUACUUAGCUCACUGUUACACAUGGACCUGCUUCCUGACUGGAUGAGAAUGUGCCAUCAACACACCAGUCAGAACACCAGCUUUAGAGUGACCCUUGAAAAUCUUGCCCAUGGGGGUGUCUCAAACCAUUCCAGGCCAGAGACAGCGCCAUACAAGUGUCAGUGUUAAAGAAGAUUAAAGGUUCAUUCAUCACUGUACAUCAUUAAGUUUUAGUGGAAAGUUCAGACACUACACAGCAAACCCUAAUGGGCUAUGCAUAGAAUCAUGGCUGGCAUUGAUGGGAGAGGUUGAGGUGGGUGUUAUAGGAGACUACAGAUUUAGAGAAAUAAAUGCAGUUCUCAUCUGAUGUUACCUAAGAGUCUCAAAUAGUAAAUUCUCUCGAAUU